AUGGAAAUUCCAGGUGUCUGGUCCCGACUUUUGCGGGUCAUCUUCGAUAAAUUUGACUUCGUGGUUGUGUACCUUGACGACAUUUGCGUCUUUUCCAAGUCGAACGCAGAUCACAUUCGGCACCUGCGCGAAAUGUUUAAGGUACGGCGCAAAGAGAAGCUCUACGCACAUCGGGGAAAGUGCUCUUUUGGCAAGGACAGUGUAGCGCUUUUUGGUCAUACAAUGUCAAAGAAUGGCUUGAGUGUGGAUCAGCGGAAGACAGCAGCUAUUGAGCAGAUGAAGGCACCAAGCACGCGAAAAGAUCUGAUGAGCUUUCUCGGAUUAUCUGGACACUAUCGACAAUUUGUCUGUGCUUUUGCACAAAUUGCACUAUCCAAUUCCGAAGCUCGUUAA